CACUCACUUCUCCUGCUCUCUCCUCCUUGGACACUUGGGCUCGCCUCCCUCCACCUCAAGAUGACUUUCUACUACCAGAGGCAGUGUGAGGACUCCUGCUACUCCCCCUGCAGCUACGGGACCGUGUACAGCUACCGGAGCUACGACUGCGGGAGCCCCUGUGGCUACCAGAGCGUCGGGGGGCUGUGCGGGUAUCGCGACUGCUGCCCCUCCUACAGCACCCGCUACUGCUCCCCCUACUCCUCCCGCUACACCCAGAGGUACAGCUACGGCAGCUGCUACCCCUGCUACCCCUGCUAAACCCGGAGGGUGCGAAAAACCGGCUGGAAUUAAGGAAUUCGCCGCCCCUUUUUUUUUGCCGGAUGCUCCGGGACGGCUGCGGGACCCCGGGGAUGCUCAGCGUUCCUGUAGAGCUUCAGAUGUUCUUCCAAAGCGUUUUGUCUUCCUAUUUUUUUAGGUUUUUUUUUUUCUCUCUGCUGGUUUCUUAGCCCUGCCAGGGUUUGGUGGUGGAGUGGAGGAAAGCGGGUUUAGUGUUGGUUAAUUUGGGUAAACUACUUAGCUGAUUUAUGGCUCUUUCCCGGCUAAUUUGAAUGAAAUCUAGAGUGUGCCUGUACAAGCCCUCCUAGGGAUGUAUUUCUGCCUUGGCUGCCUUGGAAACUACACCAAAGAAACAUUAAUUCAUCUAAUCAGGUUUGUUUCAUUGGACUUCAUACAAGUGGAAAGGUUUAAUAAUGGAAAUGGGCAGCAAAAUGCUCCAGCAAAAUUGUUCCCAUGAAACCGGGAGAUUUUCUGCAGAUAUAAAUUCAUGUUGUACCCAUUUCUUUCUGCUUCUGCUUUCUGUGCUGUUUUAGAUUGUGAGCUUUAUUCUUAUUAAAAAAUGUUCCAGCAUCA